AUGAUCGCGGCGCAGGGCCAGGCCGGGAACGUCCACGUGGCUCUUGCCCUCUUCGCCCACGUGGCCCAGGCCGCCGACGUGGUGACGUGGACGGCUGUCGUCCAGGGCCACGCGGCGAGCGGCAAUUUGUGCCAGGCCCGGGCUCUCUUCGACCGCAUGAUCGAGCGCGACGUGGCGUCGUGGAACGCGUUGAUAUCGUCUUAUGCUCAGAACGGGUAUCUGAGCGACGCGAGCUCCCUGUUCCACAAAAUGCCGCAAAACCAUUUUCUGGCCGCAUUUGCGCUAAUGACCGCACACGCGCAAUCCGGGAAUCUUUCCCGCGCACGUGCCGUAUUCGAUUCCAUCCCCGACCCAGAUUCCGCGGCAUGGACAGGAAUAACUUCCGCAUAUGCCGAGUCCGGGGAUCUUUCUGCCGCAAGAGCCCUUUUCGAGCGAAUGCCUGAGAGGAAUCUCGCGGCGUGGAACGCGAUGAUUGGAGCAUACUCGAGAAACGGCCUAGGGCAAGAGGCCCUCGCGCUGUUCGACUCAAUGCGGCUGCACGGCGAGAGGCCAGACGAUAUCACAUUCGUGGAGGUGAUCAACGCGUGCAGCCAUUUAGGACUGGUGGAUCGAGGUUGCGAGGCGGUGAGGCUGAUGAACCACGACUACCACGGCCAGAUGCCCACCAGGGACCACUUUUGCUGUACGGUCGACUUGCUGGCCAGGGCUGGCCGUGUGUACGACGCCGAGGAGCUGCUACACACAAUGCCGUACUUGCCGGACAGUGUGGCGCUCAAUACACUGUUGAGCGGGUGUAAGAUGCAUGGUUACGUGGAGGCCGGGAGGAGGGUGGCCAUGCACGCGUGUAGCGUCGACACUACCACCGCUAACAAUGGAGCGGCUCCUUUUGUGUUGCUCUUCAACAUGGUUGCGGCAAUUGAGGAUUCGUAG